AUGGGGAAAUUGGAGAAAAAGUGGAUGAAGAGGGAAGCAAGGUGUAAAAGGAAAACAGGAAGAAUAAGUAAGGUGAAAAGAAGGAAACGGUUAAAGAAAGGUCGGCUUAGGGAUGGGAAAAGGUCAAAAGCAGGAAGGAAGGGAAACAGAGAACCUAGUGCUGCGGCUCAGGAGGGAUACAGGGGACCUAUUGCUGCGGCCAGUGAGGGAUACGGGGAACCUAGUGCCCUGACUAGGGAGGGAUACAAAGAACCUAGUGUUGAGGCCAGGGAGGGAUGCAGGGGACCUAGUGCAGUGACAAGGGAGGGAUACAGGGAACCUAGUGCAGUGACAAGGGAGGGAUACAGGGGACCUAGUGCAGUGACAAGGGAGGGAUACAGGGGACCUAGUGCAGUGACAAGGGAGGGAUACAGGGGACCUAGUGCUGCGGCUAGGGAGGGAUACAGGGAACCUAGUGCAGUGACUAGGGAGGGAUACAGGGGACCUAGAUUUAAAAGAAGUGAGAAGCUACUACUCUCAUCAUUAGUUCGACAGUUUGUGGAUAAACAAGAUGUUAUUCACGGGCAGCCCAUACCGAUCUCACAUGAGUUUACGUGUAUAAAUUCAUUCAAAUCUAAAUAUUUCCUUCAGUUUAAUCCAACCCACAGACCUCUCAGGACUGACACUAUGUCCCGAAAGAAUUCCCGCUGCGGGGUGAUGUCCCAGCGCAACUCCCGUUGCAGUUCGGUAGAACCCCUGGACAUUCUAGAAGAGGAACCAGAGUUUAAACAUUUCAUCAAUAGGCAAGAAGUUCUUGCUGAGGAUGAGUUUGAGGAUGAAGAUGGAAGUCAGGCUAAACCAGAACAGAGAAACAGACGUGUAUCCACAGCUUCAUCUAACUUCAACUCUCAAUGUCCGAGCAGAACAUGGUCAAGAAGAUCAUCUCCAACACGUGGAGAGCUUCUUAGAGCAGAUGAUGAGAUGGUAACUGUCAGCAGAGGAGGAAUGACAAUGACAAUCCCGCGGCACCUUGCGCACCACGUGCCUCCAGUUCUAAUCGGAAAACUAGACGAUGAAGGAAGAGAGCUUUGUGAUCAAAUGUGUAAACAAGGAUAUACUCCAGAGGAAAUUGUCGAGUUCUUUAAAACAUGGGUCUCAAGCAGAAUGAAGAUUGAGAGGUACAUGAAAACUUUUAUGGAACAAGGGCAUAGGGCCAGUGACAAGGACAAGAUGCGUAUGAUCAUGAAGCUGAUGGAUGGAAAGAACAUGAGUGAGAGGGAUUUCUUGGAUCUCAUAAACUCUCAGUUCGGAGAUGCUGGGAAGGCAGAGUUGGAGCGCCUAAUGAAGAGUGGAAUGACAAUGCAGGAAGCUAUGGAAGCGUUUAUGAAGAGUGCUGAAACUAAGGAGAAGGAAGAGCUGAAAGCAAAACUUCAGAAAAUCCUUGAAAACACAAAUAUGACCAAGGAAGAAAAAUUUCAGGCAAUGUUAGCAGAAAUGAGUGACGAAGAUAAAGCAAAAAUUCAAGCAAUGCUUGACAGCGGAAUGUCUAUGAAUGAUGUUCUCAAACAUUUUACAGGAGAGGAUAACUUGUUGGAUAUGGAUGGAAAUAACAAUGUUCCUGCUGGAAGUGAUUUUGCUAAAAAAUUCCAAGAGUUACUGAACGGAAAGAAUCUAAGCGAGGAGGAGAUGAUGGCUCUUCUAAGGAGCCAGCUGGGCACCAACUCCAAGAAGGAGAUGGAGGAGAUGUUAAAGCAAGGAUACACCAUGCAGCAGAUCCUGGAGCACUUCAUGAAGAACGGGAAGACCGAGGAGGAGGAACAGCAGGAACGAGGGGGAAGUGACUUUGCAAAGAAGUUUAAGGAAAUGUUUGACGGGAAGAACAUGAGCGAGGAGGAGAUGCUGGAGGCUCUGAGAAAUCAGCUCGGCACAAACUCCAAGAAGGAGAUGGAGGAGAUGUUGAAGCAAGGAUACACGAUGCAGCAGAUUCUGGAUCACUUCAUGAAGAACGGGAAGACUGAAGAGGAGGAACAGAAAGAAACCUUGAGAAAAAUUCAGGAGGCUUUCCAGAGUGGAAAUAUGUCGACUGAGGAUAAGUUUAAUUUCCUCCAGAAGAAUCUUUCAGAUGAUGCCAAAGCAACCAUGGAGCAGUUGUUGAAGCAGGGUUACACCAUGGAGGAGAUUAUUGAGCUGUUUAAGAAGCAUGGCAACGAUAUUGCAGGCCUAGACAGUGAAUUGGCGAAUCAGACAAUUGAGUUUGAUGCUGAGAGGCCGGAUGCACAUUUAUACGCAAACAGAGACGUUUUUACAGUGAUCAGCAAGGACGAUAUAACUGCUAAAAUUCCAUUUAUGACGCCAAAGAACCAACCCUGCUCUUUUAAACAGUUCAUAGAGACGGUAAAAUCAGUAGUUGCAGGGAAAGGACUGACACACAGAGAAAUUUUAGACAUCAUGGAGUUCCGAAUGGGCGGCUCCUUCCUGGCUGAUAUGCGAAGUUUAAGGAAGGCGGGGCACAAUCUACCACACAUAGUUAGUUUCUUUCUCAAGAAGGAUGUAGAGAAGAGACAGGAGACAAGAAGGUUGACCAGGCUUCUGGCUGAUGCUAAGGUUGAUGCGCACAUAGAGCUGAGAAGAGAAGCAAUCAAACAACAGUGGGGAAUACAGCUCAGCUAUACUUAUAGGUCAGAUAAUAAUAAAAAUGAUGAUAAUAAUAAAACCCCCCAUCCCUUCUAUUAUCCAGCUCCCCCCCUCUCCCUCCCUUCUCUUUAUCUAACUCGAUCCCCCUCCAUCCAUGCAUCCUCAAUCUAUAUAUAA